AGACUGUCUUCUCCAACAAGUCGGGUCGAAUAAAAACCCUUUUUCUAUACAAAUUUCCUAAAAUUCAAAAAUUAUAAUAAAUCAGUGAAGUCUCCAUUUCAAUUCUCUCUUCUCUUUCUCUGUUUUGUAUCGUAAAUCAAGAAUAAAUCAGUAACACGAUGGCAACGCCGAUGGUGGAGGACACAAACUUUGAGGAUGAUCAGCUGGCUUCAAUGACGACAGAGGACAUAGUUAGAGCAUCUCGUCUUCUCGAUAAUGAGAUUCGCAUCCUCAAGGAAGAGUUGCAAAGAACGAAUUUGGAGUUGGAUUCGUACAAGGAGAAGAUAAAAGAAAAUCAAGAGAAGAUUAAGCUUAAUAAGCAAUUACCAUACCUUGUCGGCAACAUUGUUGAGAUUUUGGAAAUGAACCCUGAAGAUGAAGCUGAGGAAGAUGGUGCAAACAUUGACCUUGAUUCUCAAAGGAAGGGUAAAUGUGUAGUGCUGAAAACAUCUACUCGUCAGACUAUUUUUCUUCCUGUGGUUGGUCUUGUUGACCCUGACAAGUUGAAGCCUGGUGACUUGGUUGGAGUUAACAAAGAUAGUUACUUGAUCUUGGAUACUCUUCCAUCUGAGUAUGAUUCAAGAGUGAAAGCCAUGGAGGUUGAUGAGAAACCAACGGAGGACUAUAAUGAUAUUGGGGGUUUGGAGAAACAGAUCCAAGAGCUAGUAGAGGCAAUUGUGUUGCCCAUGACCCACAAGGAGCGAUUUCAGAAGUUAGGUAUUCGUCCUCCUAAAGGUGUUCUUUUGUAUGGACCUCCUGGGACAGGGAAGACAUUAAUGGCUCGUGCUUGUGCUGCACAAACCAAUGCUACUUUUCUAAAGUUGGCAGGCCCACAACUUGUCCAGAUGUUCAUUGGAGAUGGUGCCAAACUCGUCCGUGAUGCGUUUCAGCUUGCAAAAGAGAAAUCACCCUGCAUCAUAUUCAUAGAUGAAAUUGAUGCCAUUGGUACAAAGAGAUUUGACAGUGAAGUGAGUGGAGAUAGGGAAGUACAGAGGACCAUGUUAGAGUUGCUUAAUCAGCUUGAUGGUUUUAGUAGUGAUGAGAGGAUAAAGGUGAUUGCAGCAACAAAUCGUGCUGAUAUCUUGGACCCUGCUCUCAUGCGUUCUGGUCGAUUGGAUCGCAAAAUUGAGUUUCCUCAUCCAAGUGAAGAAGCAAGAGCUCGCAUUUUGCAGAUCCACUCAAGGAAGAUGAAUGUUCAUCCUGAUGUCAAUUUUGAAGAAUUGGCUCGGUCUACUGAUGAUUUCAAUGGGGCUCAAUUAAAAGCUGUUUGUGUAGAGGCUGGGAUGCUUGCACUUCGCCGAGAUGCAACUGAGGUGAACCAUGAGGAUUUCAAUGAGGGUAUAAUUCAAGUCCAAGCAAAGAAGAAAGCAAGCUUAAACUAUUAUGCAUAAAUUCAAAUGGCACUUCUUCUAUUCAAUCUCAAGCCAAGUAUAAAGCAGACUUCAAAUCAGAAUCUUUCACGUGAGAAUUGGACUUUUGGUUCUCUUCGUAUGCCUUGUAUGGAUCUUUUGCUGAACUUGUUGUAAAAGUUGAAGAUGUGAGAAGUUAUGCUGUACCUGCGUUGUUACUACAAUUUUAUUGAAAUGAAUGAUUUCCAACAAAGAAUUAUCGAUA